CUCUCGUGGCGGGAAGACGCGUUACUACCGACAACAUGGAUAUUGAAAUGAAAGAGACGGACAGUGAGCAAGUCGUUGAACCGCCUAAAAAGGACGAUACUGCACCCAAACCAUCAACGACUUCUUAUGAUCUACCAUGGGUUGAAAAAUACAGACCUCUGAAGUUGAAUGAAAUUGUGGGAAAUGAAGAAACCAUCUGCAGACUGGAGGUGUUUGCGAGAGAAGGAAAUGUGCCCAACAUUAUUAUUGCAGGUCCUCCUGGUACUGGAAAAACUACCAGCAUUUUAUGUUUGGCUAGAGCUCUUCUGGGUCCAGCCAUGAAAGAUGCUGUGCUUGAGCUGAAUGCCUCCAAUGACCGUGGAAUAGAUGUAGUGAGAAACAAAAUCAAAAUGUUUGCCCAGCAAAAAGUCACGCUAACUAAAGGUCGUCACAAGAUCAUCAUUCUGGAUGAGGCUGACAGCAUGACAGAUGGAGCCCAGCAGGCUUUGAGAAGAACCAUGGAGAUAUAUUCCAAAACCACUCGUUUUGCCCUGGCAUGUAAUGCAUCAGAUAAGAUCAUAGAGCCCAUUCAGUCCCGCUGCGCCGUGCUGCGUUACAGCAAACUCAGAGACGAGCAGAUCAUGAUGCGUCUGAUGGAGGUGGUGGAGAAGGAGAACCUGCAUGUCACCAACGAUGGCCUGGAGGCCAUCAUCUUCACCGCUCAGGGAGACAUGAGACAGGCUCUGAAUAACCUGCAGUCAACAAAUUCUGGAUUUGGCUACAUCAACAGUGAAAAUGUGUUCAAGGUGUGUGAUGAGCCACAUCCUCUGCUGGUUAAAGGCAUGCUUGAAAACUGUGUCAAUGCCAACAUUGAUGAAGCCUACAAGAUUAUUGAGCAGCUUUGGUCCCUAGGAUACUCACCAGAGGACAUAAUCGGAAAUGUAUUUAGAGUUUGUAAGACUUUACAUAUGCCAGAAUAUUUGAAGCUGGAAUAUAUUAAGGAGAUUGGCUACACCCAUAUGAAAGUGGCCGAAGGGGUGAACUCUCUAUUACAGAUGGCUGGUCUACUUGGCCGACUGUGCAGCAAGACUGCAGCACCUGAUGCCAGCUAAAGUCAAGAGCAGAUUUAUCAAAUAAUCAACUUUAGUCUGUUUCCUUCUUGUUCUUAAACUACCAGUACUUGUUCUAAGACUUUUUUUUUUUUUAUGUUAUGAAAAAUAUUAGAAUCAGAAUUGUAAAAAUGAAAAUCUGCAGUAAUAAAAAUGUAAAACUAUUUUGAUGUUUGUAAAUUAUCCUUUUUCAAUGUUUUUGUUUUGAGCUGUUAAAGGUGAAAGCUAGCUUGCAGCAUAUUACUAUUUGUUUGUUUUUUGCGCCAAAUUCGAAGCUCUGUAGCAAUGGAUGAUUAUUAAGUUCACUCCAGUAGUUGUACUACCACAUGUUAGAAAUAUAGCAGAAGAGGAGACCCUAUUCUAGGGGCUGCUGUUUUGAGACCCAAGUGCUUCUAUUAAGAGCAGAGGCAAACACGUUACUAAAUAUACAGGCAGAAGCCUGAUGAGCUUGAUUUGGCCUUUUGGUUUGUGUUUUAUAUAAUGUUUCUUAAACUGCCUCCCCACCCCCAAAAGCCUUUUGGUUUACAAAUGAUGGGAGGGACAGGUUACACAUCUUCAAUUUUCACAUCUGAAAUAUCUGCAUUAUUUUCACUGUACAGCUCUUGGUAUACAGCCUCCAUAUACAUGAAUUGCUUG